AUGACUACAUCACAUAGACCACAGCUAGAGGCAAGAAGUGGUGCAAAAUCGGCCGCUUAUACACCAACUAGUAUUGAACAUGCCAGACUACUACCAGGGCAUACAAAAUUGAAAUUUAGGAAGACUAAGCAGGAUGGAAAGUCUAAAGAAAGCUCUGCACAAGAUGAGAGAAGUGGUGAUGAAUAUUCAGAAGAAGUAGAAGUAGACGAAGGGGAACAGUACGCUAUAGGGAAAGAGGACCUAAAAGUAAAGAAAAGUGAAAAUGACCAAAACAGCUCGGCGCAAGAGUUACCGAACAUUCAAGAUGCUCAGGUGGAAAAUAGGAUACGACUUGAACAAAAUGGGCAAGCAAAACAACAAAUCCCAUCCAGGCGAUCGUGGAGGGAAAGUGCUGCGUUUGGACAUCAUAAAAUUUCGAAAAAGACAAAAAUAAAAGAAGACAGUACAAAAAAGCCAAUAUCCGGAUAUGUUAAUGAUAUGACCAAAUCUGAAUAUCAUCAUGAAUUCCUCCAUAAACAUGUUAGAUAA